AUGCCGACCGUGAAUGCAGUUUACUAUCCUUCAUGGAAGGUCUACAAUGGCAAGCCACCAUCUUGCCUCAAUGUACAGGCGACCACUCACAUACUAUACGCAUUUAUCCGCGUGAACGAAGAUGGCUCAUUGAAGCUCCUUGACGAGUGGGGUGACAUCAACAUGGAGGUUGACGGCGCCCAGGGAUGCCUAGGAGCUCUGGCGAAACUGAAGCAGGAGAAUCCACAUAUCCGGACCUUGAUAUCAGUUGGGGGCGGAUCAGGAAGUGAUGAGUUCCCGGCACUCGCGGCGAACCCAGAUGCCAGGGCCCUAUUCGCUCAGCAGAUUCGAGAAUUCUGUGACCGCCACUCGUUUGACGGUGUCGACAUUGACUGGGAGCAUCCUACAACAGAGGAUCAAGGCCGGGACUAUCUGAGCCUGCUCCAGGCCACACGAGAGGCACUUCCGGCACCUGACUAUCUCGUUACAACAGCGCUGCCUGUCGGGGAAUACUGCCUGCAGCAUAUUAAUCUCGAGGCAGCUGGGGAGAUCUUGGACUUUAUCAACCUCAUGGGGUACGAUUUCGUGGGCGGAUGGACUGACGUAUCGGGCCACCAUGCUCAGCUUUGCCUGCCCAGUGACGAUGUCGACGAGGUCCAUCCAAACUUGCGCCAUUGUUGCGCGGGGGCGGUGGAUUAUAUCAUAUCCCGCGGAUUCCCCAGCUCCAAGAUUGUCCUGGGCGUGCCCGCAUAUGCCAGGUUCUUUCCUGGCGCCAGCGGGCUGGGCGAAGCAUUUUCAGAAGCAGGGGAGCUCGACUACUGUGACCUGUCUGAAGACUGCGUCAACCACGCACAGGUGGAUGAGAAAGCUGCCGCUGCAUGUUACGUUGACGACUGUGAUGGGAAGGGGUUUGUGACGUUUGACGUUCCUCUGACGGUAGUGCUGAAGGCCCAGUUCGCAAAGGAGAAGGCAUUAGCCGGUCUCUUCUACUGGACUGGAGUCGGAGACAGAGAGGGAGACGACAGUCUCGUCGCCGCGGGAUAUACCGAACUGACAUCAUAG